UCAAAUCCAAAACCCCCCAAAUCAGCUCCUAGAACAUUCAAUUAAACACAACACCGGAAUCGAAUCGACACAAUCAGUCGUACAUAUACGCCGUAAAGAGAGAGCCAUGGCGGAAGGCGGAGGAGAGGGGAAGAAGAGGGUGGUGGUGGAGUCGUUGGGAUGGCUGACGGAAUCCACCAUCAUGCCGAAGAAGCACCGCCCCAUCGACGGCGUUGGGGCGUCCUCGAUCCUCGAGCUCAAGGCGCAGCUCUACAAGUCCCAGGAGGAGUCCAAACGCCUCUCCAAGGAAACGGUCACCGCCGCCGAUCCACAAUACUCCCACCUUCAAGUCCACCGCGCCAAGAAUAAAAUUUCCGCCCACGACCCCUUCUCUGCAAAGAACUCCGGCGUCGAUGCUCGAGCCGCCAAGGACAAGCUUGAGCUGAAAGCCAUCAAGGAUGGGGCUACGAGCUAUGCUGCCCUGGAGAGAAAGGCGGAGUUAUAUGAUAAGCUAGUGAGAGGAGAGCUUCCUGAUGAAGAAGAAGAUGAGAAGUAUUGUGUUGAUUUCCUUCGCAAAGGCCUAGAGCAAGAAGAGCCAAAACAGCCUCAACAACAUGAGACUUCGUGCUCUGAACCACCAGAGGAAGAUGGAGAGGACGAUGGCUCUAUACCAACUAACACAAGAGCUCCAGGACUUGGGCGUGUGUCAGCCACAAUGGACAGAAGUGAGCAUAAGCGUUUUGUAAUGGAAGUUCAUGAAGAAGCGAAUCAAGCAAGGCAAAAAGCAUCUGAACUAAAAGUACGUAGGCAAGAACAAGUUGCUGCUCGUAGAGAGAAACUGAAGCAGGCGUAUCUGAAAAAGCAGUGCGAGAAAUUGAUUGCUCAAGCCAAAGCAUCACAGUGAAGUAAAGAUGUGAAAACAUCGAGAAGCUAAAUCAUUGAUCAAUCGUUCUCUUGAGAUGUAAAUUAAAACACGAGAGUUCAUUUUGAAAGUAAAAUGUAAACAUUGUUCAACUUGCUUAAAGCUAGAAUUACUUGGCUUUCAUGGCUGCCUUGUGAAACAA